AAGGAAAUCAGGAGUUUGCUUCCAAGAUGGAGAGCGCAUCAGAUUCAACAUCCACCAAGAUGGAGGGUGCAGUAGAUUCAGCAUCUAACAAGGUGGAGAAUACAUCAGAUUCAGAAUCCACCAAGCUGGAGAGCGAAUCAGAUUCAACAUCCGUCAAGAUAGAGAGUGAAUCAGAUUCAACAUCAACCAAGCUGGAGAGCGAAUCAGAUUCAUCAUCCAUCAAGGUGGAGAGUGCAGUAGAUUCAGCUUCUGCCAAGAUGGAGAUCGAAUCAGAUUCAACAUCCGCCAAGAUGGAGAGCACAUCAGAUUCAGCAUCGAGCAAGGUAGAGAAGAGCACAUCAGAUUCAUCAUUGAGCAAGGUGGAGAAGAGCACAUCAGAUUCAGCAUCGAGCAAGGUGGAGAAGAGCACAUCAGAUUCAGCAUCGAGCAAGGUGGAGAAGAGCACAUCAGAUUCAGCAUCGACUUUACCUGACACUCCGGGGACCAGUGAUACUCUACCAUCACCCCAAACAAAUACUUUAGGAAGACAACCUAUGAGUGGAACACUUAAAGAAAGAUUAAAGAAAACAAGGUCUUCAUCUCAUUCUUUUUGUAGUGUGGUGAAACGACUUAAAGUAGAGAAGGAGGAAAAUUAUGAGACCUCUUCAGAACCAGGAGCAUCAUCAAAAGAAAAAAGCUGUUCCGAAUUCCAAGGAAGUUUGAAACACAAAGACAGUGCGUCUGAAAAAGACAGCUCAGAGAAUGCAAAUGCAUGCAAAUCUAAGUCACUUGGUACUGGGUCCUCCAGUGCCCUCCAAAAUGAUUUUGAGAGUGAGAAUACUAAAGAAAAAUUAAAGGAAGAAAAAGCAAAAUUGGCAAAGCAGGUUCAAGAGAAGGAAGAACUUCUUCGGAGAUUAAAACUUGUCAAAAUGUAUAGAAUAAAGAACAACCUGGCUGAGUUAGAGAUGUUAAUAAAGAAGUGGCGGAAGUGCAGCCAGCAGCUACUGUAUGAGCUGCAGGCAGUCAUGUCUGAGGAGGACGAGAAACUCAGCCUCACUGAGCUCAUCGACUACUACGGGGUAGAUGAGAAAGUUGUGCACUAUGAUAGAAGUGAAGAAGAAUUUACAGGGGUUUGAUAAGUUGUUUUUUGUUUCUUGUUUUUGUGGGUUUUUUUUUUUUUUCUUUCAGGCUUUUUUCCCCUCUCCUUUUGAGGUGAUGGGAUCAUGCCCAGGGCCUCAGAUGUGCUCUAUUUCUGAGCUAUACUCUUGGCCCCUCUACAGAAUAUCUUUGAGAAUGGCAAUGUGAAAAGAGUGUUUUGAAGGGAAGAAAGAUAUAAGCUGUUUUUGUGGCUUAGAGAAAGGUAUCUUGAACAGUUUAAGAUAUUCUGAUACAUAAAAUUAUAACACGAAGCUUCGUAUUUUGGAUAUGUUUGCUAAAGAAAAUAUUUAAAUAUUAAAAAAAUAAAUGAUGUUUAAAAGGAAGUUUGGAUAAUUCUGGAAACCAGGUUUAGUAAAUUGAUUUUGUGGCAAAAAGAGUUUAUAUUCAGUGUUAAAAAGUAUUUUAUUCAAUGUCUAAACCUCACCUGGCCUAAAUGUAACCUGCCCCUCCUGAGUUUAUAUAUCUUUCCGUCUGCUAAUCUAGCAAGUAAUUAAACAUAUAAAGCCACAGUUUUUCACCAGA